UUUUGCACUUCCUGUUGUGACAACAGUAUUGGUUGACUCUUCACUCCAGUUCAACUGAUGUUUCAGGAACCUCUUGUAGAAUCAAUAACAAGACAGACGGAGAUUGUUUAUGGAUUUCAAUUGUUCCCAUCAACUGUCAGAGAAGCAGACUGAGUACCUGCCCACGCCAUGAAGGACAGGAGUGGGAGAUUCAUGCGGCAGGAGAGCGAGCUGGGGUCCUCCUCUUCUGAGAGGAACUCCAUCCCUGAUCCACCGGCACCAGUGUGGGUGACACACACGCCUGAUGAUGACGACACACACUCAUCGAAUCCCUCUACUUCGACUUGUCAAGAGAACAACAACAUGUCCAGCAUGAAGGACAAACUGAAGUCUCUCUUCGGUUCAUGGAGGAGCUCGCCUCAGCAAAGUGACGGCAGUGAUCCUGAAACUGGCCCCAACAGGGUCCGAAUUGUACCAAAUGGGACCAGAGUGAGCCCUCCUGCCAGUCCCCUGCAGGGGUGCAAGAACUGGGACACCCCCUCCGACUUGCUGUACCACCCAGAGGAGUCGCUGCUGACUAGCAUCCACCCUGCAGAGUACUAUGCUGAGAAGGUGGAGCUCUACAACCAGAAGUACUCCUACCUGAAGUCAUGGCCGGGUCUCCUGCGACUCCUGGCGGGACUGGAGCUCCUUUUUGGGGCCAUGGCCUUAGCAUGUGUCAUCGCCUACAUCCAGAAGGACAGUGAAUGGAACAAUGUGUACGGUCAGUAUAACGGGAUCUACAAUGCCGGGAUGGGUCUUCCUGGCUACAGCUACCAAGGGCCGAUGACCCCCUUUAUUUUGUCUGUGGUGGGACUCUCAUGGAUCAUCACGGUGAUCCUCAUGGUGCUGGGUCUGACCAUGUAUUAUCGGACCAUUCUCCUGGACGCUCCUUGGUGGCCCCUCACGGAAGCGUUCAUCAAUGUCGCCCUGUUCCUCCUCUACAUGGCAGCAGGGAUCGUGUACCUGAACGACUUAAACCGUGGUGGCCUGUGUUACAUGACCAUAGGCGUCAACCCCAUCAUGGCCAGUCUGUGUCGGGUGGACGGCGGUCAGAUGGCGGGGACAGCGUUUCUCUUCAUCAACAUGGCGCUGUAUCUGGGCAGCUUCCUGGUCAGCCUGAAGAUGUGGAGACACGAAGCCCAGCGUCGAGAGAGGGAGCUCUUUAACUGCAGGUCGACAGAACAAAGUCAUCGCGUCGUCCCUCUGCUCCCUAAAACAACCAAAAUAUCUUUCAAAGACGAACCGGACGGACCUGUGACAUCCGUCCAUCAAGUGCGUCCACCACAAGAACAUCAGAACCACGUGAAGAAAACACUCGGCCCUGCCGUCCAGAUCGUUCCGGACUACGUCCUCAAGUACCCAGAUAUCACCAGCGCGGAAGAGAGAGACAGCUACAAGGCAGUUUUUAAUGACCAGUAUCAAGAGUACAAAGAUCUUCACAGGGACAUCAGCAUCACUCUGACAAAAUUCACUGAGCUGGAUCAGAUGAUGACAAAGCUCAUCCGAGGAGGCAAAACUCAGGAGGAGCAGCAGAGGAUCCAGAGCAUCCUGGCGACGUAUCAGCAGAAGAAGAAUGAUCCUGCCUUGGUCGAGAAGAAGGAGCGCUGCGAUUAUCUGAAGGCCAAGUUGAACCACAUUAAAGGCAGAAUACAAAGUUUUGACCAGCAGACCGUGGGGGGAUCAAGAUAGCUUCUGUUGCCUGCACUUUUCCUGAAAAAAGUAUCACUUUUCUCUGUGUGUUCUCUGCCUGUCGCCCUAUGUAGCUGGGCUCCAGUCCGCUCUGAAGGCAGUAAGCAGACAAUGAAUAAAUAAAUGAUGUACAAUAAUAUAUAAUAAUAUAUAUUAUAUAUAAUAAUAAUAUUUAAUGAAAUGACAAAGUGUUAAUGUGAAUUCUAUGCCUCUGUUUUUAACUUUUUAUCAUUGAUGCUGCAGCCAAUGUUUUUUUCAAAGUAGUCUUUUUUUCACAUAGUUGAUUUGUACCACAGUUUUUGACCUAAGAAAUGUUUGUUGUCGUGUUUAGUAACUGUUGUCCGGGAAAUUAUUGAACAGAUUUUCUAUGUUUUGUAAAUGAAACAAAAAGAACAGCGCAAACGUUAUAUUCUGUUUUAAGUUUAGCAUUAAACUAAUAAUUACUUAAAGAAGUAAAAACUUGAAAGUGUGUUUAAAUAGUGUGUUUAUAAAGUUUAUAUGAACGUUGUUGAACUCGCCACUUUAAGUGAAUAAAAAUGUUUUAUAAGAUCUUGAAUGUGUGUGGAUG